AUGGGGACCAUGGUGAUAGUGUACUUUAUCUGUUUGAUAGCUGUGCUACAGACUGCAGGGGCUAACAUCUGUAAUUCAUUUUACCAUGGUACUUGUUACGACCUGUACAGUGGUCUGAACGGAGCUUGCACUGCUGGUCAUGUUUACACGUUAAACUAUUGCGGAGUGUAUCAAAUGUGCUGUUACUAUCAGACCACACAUUACGUCACUUCCGCUCCUCUGACGUCAGCGCCAUUCUGGACACAUGCUCCUACGGCACCAGUUUGGCCACCCGCUAACACAGCGUUUCCAAGCUCUUCCGGAAGUAAACAAUGUGGCACAAGCCUUGUUGGUUCAACCGCUCAUAGGAUCGUUGGAGGUAGUUAUGCACAACUAGGGGAAUUUCCUUGGCAGGUAUCUUUGAGAUUUUAUGGUCAGCAUGUGUGCGGCGGGACAUUAAUCAAUGACCAAUGGGUCGUUACAGCUUCCCAUUGUUUCAAAGAACGCGGACACGUUGCAAGCCAAUGGCAAAUUGCUCUUGGUGUCAAGGAUCAAAGAUUCAUCACAACGGCCAACACAGUGCACGUGGAAUCAAUUCACCCGCACGAGUUCUUUGAUAAAACCACCAAUAAUUAUGAUAUUGCACUUAUGAAACUUAGUAAGCGGAUAGAUGUCACUGGACGUUUAACUAGACCAGCCUGUCUUCCUCAACCGGCCGACCAGUUCCCGGCUGAUAUGUGCAUUGUUUCCGGAUGGGGAACCACUUAUUACGAUCCAACUGGACAUGCCAAAGUAACUGACCAGCUAGAAUACAUAAAUCUUAGAACAAUCUCGAACGCUGAAUGUAGCUAUUAUAUGGGAGCCAGUAGCGUUCGAAGCACAAACAUCUGUGCAGGAGUGACCCAGACCGGUGGAAAAGGUCCAUGUUUGGGUGAUUCUGGCGGGCCACUCAUUUGUAAGCGGGACGGUGUAUGGAAAUUAGCCGGUGUUGUAUCAUGGGGCACAGGGUGUGGUGAGGCACGGAAACCAGGCGUAUACACCCGAGUGACGCAAUUCCUCAGCUGGAUAGAAAACAAAAUGAAUCUCUAUGGAUAAAACAUUCUGACAUACUUUGUAUAAGUAAUAAAGUGUUGGUAUAAUAACUA